AAAAACUUCAAUAACAUGAUGAAGUCUCCAAAAAGAAAAAAAACCCUUCUCUCAUUCUCAGCAAAUAAAGAACAAAAUCAAACUGUUUCUAUUUUUAUUAAUUUGCUUUUGAAAGAAUCAAAAAUGCGUUUAGCAAUAUUUGUUUUAAUAUUCUGCACGUUCCACUAUGGUUCGGGUGUAGAUCCAAAAAAUUUCAAAACAUGCGACGAAAGCAGUUUUUGUAGACGUUGCCGUAAAGUUCAACCUGGUAACUCGAAAUUUGUCUUACUUCCUGGAACUCUGAAUACAUACUCUGACUCGAUAACAAUCGAUCUUAUUAACAAAGAUACUAAUCAUCUUUUUAUACUUAAAGUUGAAGCUCUAGAAGGUGAUAUUUUCCAUGUACUCAUUGAUGAGAAGACUCCAUUGCAACCACGUUAUAGAGUUACCGACGCUCUUAAAGGAACUCCUAAAAGUGGAACGAUUAAAGUUGAAGAAGUAAAUGAUAACCAAUUAUCAAUUACAACUGGCAUCAAUAAAGCCAUCAUCCAUGCAAAUCCAUUCAAAAUUGAUUUCUAUCAAAACGAUGUACUGUCGGUGUCUGUGAAUGCCAAGGGCUUAAUGAACUUUGAACAUUUGAGACAUAAAACUCAACCUGCAAUUGCCGGUGAGAAUGAAGUCGAUGGUGAAGUUCCAGAAGUACCAAAAACAAUUGAAGACGAAGAUCCCGGAGCAUGGGAGGAAAAUUUCAAAUCUCAUCAUGAUUCAAAACCACGUGGUCCCGAAGCUAUUGCAUUGGAUUUCUCAUUCCCUGAAGCAGAUGUUCUCUUUGGAAUUCCCGAACAUGCUGAUUCGUUUAUAUUGAAAUCAACACAAGGUACAGAUCCUUAUAGGUUGUAUAAUUUAGAUGUAUUCGAAUAUGUGUUGGAUAGUAAAAUGGCAUUGUAUGGGUCGGUUCCAGUUAUUUAUGGUCAUGGACCUCAAAGAACUGCUGGAGUUUACUGGCAAAAUGCUGCUGAAACAUGGGUCGAUGUCUUGACCACCGAAAAGAAUGUUGUAUCUUCUAUUGUCAACUUUGUUUCAGGAUCUCGCAAAUCCGAUCCACCCACUGCCCAUUUCAUGUCCGAGAGUGGCAUCGUUGAUGCAUUCAUCUUACUCGGACCAACUCCUCUGGAUGCCUUUAAACAAUACACCGACCUUACCGGUACUGCUAAUCUACCUCAACUCUUCACAUUGGCUUACCACCAAUGUCGAUGGAACUACAAUGAUGACAAGGACGUCGAAACUGUUUCGGCCAAAUUCGAUGAAUAUGAUAUUCCCAUGGAUACCAUGUGGCUUGACAUUGAAUACACUGAUGGCAAAAAGUACUUCACAUGGGACGCCUUCAAAUUCCCCAACCCCUUAGCCAUGAUUAAGAAUCUUACAGACCUUGGUCGUCAUUUGACUAUCAUCAUUGAUCCUCAUAUGAAGCGAGACAGUGGAUAUUUCUUCCACAAUUACUGCACUGACAAUGGUUUGUACACCAAGACAUCUGAUGGCAAAGAUUACGAGGGUUGGUGUUGGCCAGGAUCUGUAAGUUAUCCAGAUUUCUUCAAUCCAGUCGCCAGAGAAUACUACUCUGAUCAGUAUUUGUUGAGCAACUUCAAAACAACUACCGCAGAUGUUAUGUUCUGGAAUGACAUGAAUGAACCUUCAGUGUUUAAUGGACCUGAAGUGACAAUGGUGAAAGAUACAAUUCAUCAUGGUAACUGGGAACAUCGAAACGUUCACAAUUUGUACGGGCACAUGCAACUUAUGGCCACAUUCGAUGGAAUGAUUAAGAGAGAUCCAAAUCAGAGACCAUUUAUUCUAACUCGAGCACAUUUUGCCGGCUCCCAAAGGUAUGCAAUCAUUUGGACUGGUGAUAAUUUAGCCGAUUGGGGUCAUUUGCAACAUUCAAUCAAAAUGUGUUUGAGUGAAGCUGUUGCUGGUUUUUCGUUCUGUGGAGCUGAUGUUGGUGGGUUCUUUGGAAAUCCAGAAAUUGAUUUGCUAGAACGUUGGUAUCAAACUGGAGCAUUCUUGCCAUUCUUCAGAGCUCAUGCUCAUAUUGAUACAAAGCGCAGAGAACCAUGGUUAUUCUCAGAGAAGACACGUUUGAUUAUUCGAGAUGCUCUUCGCAAGCGUUAUAGUUAUCUUCCAUUUUGGUAUACAAUGUUUUAUGAACAUGAAAAGUAUGGUUUCCCUGUGAUGAGGCCACUUUUGGCUCAUUAUCCUGCUGAUAAGGAUGCUUAUGCAAUUGAUUCGGAGUUCUUGUUGCAUGAUAGUCUUUUGGUGCGUCCAGUGAUGGAGAAGGGUGUGAGCAAGGUUGAUGUGUAUUUCCCUGCUAAGGAUGAGCAUAAGAAUGGUGAUGUUUGGUUUGAUAUUGAUAAUUUCCAAAAGCACGAAAAGGUUGGUUAUGAGACAAUCGCAGUCGAUGAAAGAAAGACCCCAGUAUUCCAAAGAGGUGGAUCAAUUAUUCCCAAAAAGGAACGUAUUCGUCGUGCGGCCACUUUAAUGAAGGAUGAUCCAUACACUUUGGUAGUUUGUUUGGACAAAGAUGGUACAGCUAAGGGAAGCUUAUACAUUGAUGAUGAGAAAUCCUACGAUUAUCGUGCUGGAAAAUUCAUCUAUACUAAAUUUGAAUUCAAGGAUCAGACUCUUAAGAAUUCUUUUGAAACAAAACCAAAUUAUGACACCAAGUCAUGGUUGGAGCGUGUUGUUAUUGCUGGCUUGGAUAAAACUCCCAAAUCAGCAACACUUUACAUGGAUGGUAAACCAUUUGAAUUGGAUAUUUUGCCACAUGAGAAAGCAAUUGCUAUUCGAAAGCCAGGGGUUAAUAUGGCUAAGAAGUUUGUGAUUAAGCUUAAUUAUUAAAAAUAAACUGUGUGAGAGAGUCAGUUGGUUUAUUUGUUUAGUAUUAGCCAUCAAUUUCUUUUAAGCUUAGAAAGACACAUUCUUUUUUUUUUAUUAAUUUCCGAUUUGUAAGUGCACACCAUGAAAUAAAAACGUAGCUUAAUGUCAUCCAUGAAAAUUUGUAAUUUUUUAUUUGUUUAAUGUAAAAUUGAAAAAUGCAUGUGUGUAAAUUAAAGAGAGAA